AUCGAUAUUGUCCCAGCCCAGCUCAGCUCCUCCUAACUUUUAGUAAACAUAAUUAAAGAAACUAAAUAAAAAUAAAAUAAAGAUGAGCGGAGCGCACAGAGAGGCGAUCCAGAAGCAAAUCCAUCAGGACUGGGCGAACAGGGAAUAUAUCGAAGUAAUAACUGCCAGCAUAAAGCGUAUUACCGAUUUUCUGAACUCUUUCGAUAUGUCCUGUCGCUCCCGUCUGGCGGUUCUAAAUGAAAAACUAACGAUCCUUGAGCGGCGCAUAGACUAUUUGGAGGCGUGUGUCGCCCAAGGAGAGACAUUAACAUAAACGCUGCCCCCAAUUUUACACUAAGCUUUGUACAUUUAUAAGAUAAUUAAAGUAUACUGAUAUAAUAUUUAA